UAUCAAUUCAUCAUGCUAAUUUUUAAACCAGCCUCUCUGGCUUUGGCCAUUUCCCUCCCCCUGGCAUUGGCUGCAAACUCCAAUUCAUCGCGGAGCCAGCGCUGUGUCAUUCCCUCCAAAUAUCGAUCGACAAACGGCACAGCGGACGACUCUCCCGCUGUCUCAAAGGCCUUUGCGCAAUGCGCCACCGACUCGGUUAUUGUCUUUCAGGACGGGGUGGACUACAACAUCUUUCAUCCCAUUAGUGCUACCAAUCUCAGUAAUGUAGAGAUUCAGAUGCUGGGCAACCUCCAUCUUCCCCAGAACAUCACAGAAGUCCAAGAUAUUGUCAGCUCUGGAGAAUCUGUAUGGUUCACAUUUGAAGGGCCGCGCGUUGAUUACCUUGGCUCAGGCAAUGUGGACAAUGGUUGGAUCAACUCGUACGGUCAAGCCUGGUGGGAUGCGAAUCCUACCGGCAAAUCUGGGAUCGAUGGCCGUCCCCAUCUCAUGAGCUACAAGACGAGCCAGGCCUCGGUGAAGCAUUUCAAAUCCAGGAAACCCAUUGCGUGGAAUGUGAAGCUACAUGGAGACAAUAUUGCCGUCACUCAUGCCAUCGUCGAUGCAUACUCCACAGGUGGCUUUCCCUUCAACACCGACGCCUUCGAUGUCAAGGGAACCAACAUCAGCAUUUCCGACAGCAUCAUGUACAAUGGCGAUGAUGCAAUUGCAGUAGGAGCAGACUCCCAUGAUAUUGUCUUUGAGAGAAACACAAUCGGGUAUCAAACCCACGGCAUGAGCAUUGGGUCAUUAGGCAAAAACCCAUCUGACUUUGCGAACAUCACCAAUCUCCGAUUCGAAGAUGUCACGGUCAUCGACGCCAUCUACGCCGCUCGUUUCAAGUCCUGGAAAGGCGGACAAGGUCUCGUCAAGAAUGUCACCUGGAAAAACAUUAGAGUGUUCAAUGUUACUUUCCCGAUAUUCGUAACCCAGAGCUACGAGGACCAAGGCGCUUCUCGGUCCGGGGAAAUAGAUCCCAGCUCCGCUGUGAUGAUGGAGGACUUUACUUGGGAAGACUUCUCUGGCUCUAUCAACACCUAUCAGCCGGGCGAUGGGUCGUGUGUUACAGACCCAUGCUGGUAUGAUGUCGGGCUCGAAAACUUAAAGCAUACAGAAGCAAUUGUCAUCGAAUGUAACACCAAGAAGUCGUGCAAGAACUUCACCACGAAGAAUAUCCAGCUUUAUCCUCAGAGUCACCAGUCACCAAGUGUGAUUUGCAUGAAUGCCGCAACAGAUCUGAACCCAGAUCUGGGCUUUGACUGUAGGAAUGGUACCUACGUUCCAACCUCCAACUAAAGUCAAAUCACAUAUCAUUGCAUCUAUACAUAUGAACAUCAGAUAGAAGAUCAUACGUACCCAUCCUAUUCAAUGCAAGUCCGUUUUCUGGAUAAUCGUUCUUACCACAAACUGCAGUCUGCAGUCUUCCUUCCGUUCUGUCUCCAUUGGAAACCAUCACUGAAGGCUGGUACUUUCCAAUCAGGCAAUUGCAUGAUAUCCCAUACCUUCUCGUCUUCUCCCUACUUUUCUCUUCUCUCUUCUCUCUUUUCUUCUUCCUCCACCCAUCUGUCAUUCUUUGCGAGCGCGCCCUUCUUUCGCCAAGCGCUCGUUUCGCUCGUUUCCG